GGUUUCUAUGGUCCGGUCGACUCCUUCGAAGGCAGCGGGGAGUCCUUGGUGGUGGCAGAUCCAGACGAGGCUUGGGCCUUCCAGAUCCUGUCGGAUCCCACUGGUACCAGCGCCAUCUGGGCUGCGCAGCGAUUGCCAGACGACCACAUGACCGUCGUGGCCAAUAUGUACACCAUCCGGGAGGUGGAUGCCAACGACAAGGCAAAUUUUAUCUUGUCGCCCAAUCUCUUCGAAGUGGCGAAGAGCAAGGGAUGGUGGAAGGAUGGUACACCUUUUGAUUUCACCAAGAUGUACUCCGGUGGCGAGUACGCACACAAGUACUACUCGGGUCGCCGCAUGUGGCAGGGAUUUCAAAUGGCCUCGCCCUCGUUGUCCCUGCCGGCCGACUAUGAGGACAUUCGCUACAAGGCUGCCUAUCCUUGGUCGGUCAAGCCUGAUAAACUCGUCUCGCAGCAUGAUGUUAUGGCCUGGCACCGGGAUUGGUAUGCUGGAACUGAGUUCGACAUGACGCAAGGCCUGCAGGCGGGUCCCUUCGGCACGCCCGACCGCUUCGCAACCAGCUCCCAGGUGAAGGGCAACUGGGAACGAUCUAUUGCCCUGUAUCGCACCAACGCAGUCUAUGUCCAGCAGCUUCACCAUGUUGCUGAAGGAAAACCUGCAGGCCUGGCGAGCGUUGCCUGGUACGGUGGGGGUCCGGCGCACUACGCGGUCUUUGUUCCAUUGCCGUCGGGAAUGUCUACCAGCGUGCCAUCUUUGACUUUCGCAAACGCCGAGAAAUUUGAAUCAUAUUCAAUGAAUUGGAACACCCGCCACAUCAUGAACGUGUGUCAGGUGAACUUUAAAGCCAUGCACCAAACCGUCCAGGCGCAACAACUGGCGCUGGAGAAGAAGGGCGACGAAUUGCUGGAGAAGAUGCGUGCCUCCAAGAGCAGCCAAGAAGAGAUCAACGAAGCCUUCCUGGGGCACGCCGCUGAGGCUUUGUCAAAAUGGCGAAGUCUGAGCUCCGAGUUGCUGUUCUUAUACAGCGGGAACAGUCGCUAUGCUGAGCACUGGAAAGCCAUGGGCUAUUCGGAGCAGUGGUUGGAGAAGUCCGGGUACAAGGAGGGUCCUCCCCCUGCCCCAGUGGAAGACCGAUGCCCUCCCAAGUGUGAUGGCCAGGAUGCCGUGGUGGUGUAGCCGCAGACAGGGCUUCGAAAACGCGCCGAUGCAACCGAUGCGACCGAUGCUGGUUGAGCCGGCGAUCGGGGGCUCCGCGGGCUCCAGGGUGGAUGGUCAGGUCUGGGGAUAGCAGAAAUUCCCUGCAGGAUGGGGGGUUGUCACGGGGUUGUCUUUAAUGUGC